CUUCGGCUCAUUUUUUAUUCUUUUAGUAGAUUCUUUCGUACGCCUGAUAUAAGGACGAUGAUUCUUUUAGUGGAAAAGCAGUCGUCAAAUCGCCGGAAUUACCACAAGCAGGAGUGGCAAUACGAAGGACUUCCGAUCGAGUUCCCCUCGCGCAGGUUCGGGGGGAACCCAAAUGCUUCCGAAGAGGACCUCCACGUGACCACCACCACGACUACCACAACCAGCACAACGGUGAACCCACCGCUCGACCCACGCUACCGCCGCGUGUACAACCCUGACGAAGUCGCCUCGGUAGAGGAUUACCCGUUCAUGGCGGCACUGCUGGUCAACAAGGAGCUGUGGUGUGGAGCGGUCAUCAUUGACACCGACGCGGUACUAACGGCCGCGCACUGCCUGCAGCUCCAAUUCAACAACCGCUUCUUCCGGGAAUACGUAAAGAUGUUGUCGGUGCGGGUCGGGUCGGACAACGCGACGCAUGGCGGCGAACAGCUGCGCGUCACUGACAUAUUCUUCCAUCCGAACUACAAGCCGCAGACGCUGGAGUUCAACUUCGCUGUGGUGAAGUUCCACAAGAACCUCACGUUGGGCCGGCAGGAUCGGAGCGUCGACAUGGUACCGUACUCCAGAGAUCUAAUCGUACCUGUGGAUAAGAAGAUCACCUUCCUGGGUUGGGGGUCGGUGUUGGGUGUCGGCGGCCUGGGGGGUAAAGUCCUCCUACAAGAGGUAGACUUGCCGAUUUACGACCUUGCUGAUUGCCAAGAAAUUUACGGAAGGAACCUAGUUACGAGGAACAACUUCUGCGCCGGCUACAUAACCCUUCAGAAAAACGUUUGCAAUCACGACGCGGGCGGUCCCGCCAUUAUGGACGGCGUUUUGGUCGGCAUCCUCUCGUUCUCCUCGAAGCGCUGCGACCAGCCCGACCAGCCGGCGGUGUUCUCUACAGUAGGAGUCAUAGCGCCAUGGCUGGAAAAACUUGAAGAAAACGUCGUCAAGACACGGUAA